CCGCAAUCCGCUACUGCCCGGAGGCCAAACCUCGCGCCCGCCUGACCGCGCGCCCCGGGCUCUGCCUUCGGCUCCUCGCGCUCUCAGUCUGCGGCCCCAGCUGGGUACCGCCCCCUCGGAGAACCCACGCGCGACGAGCGCGCCAUGAGCCGGGGAGAGCUGGCGGGAGGCGACGCGCGCAAAGGCGGCUCGGCGGCGGGCGGCAGCCAGGAGCGCCCCGCGACGGCGCCCGGGGCCUGGGCCGUGAGCGCGCUGUGCCUGCUGCUCUCCGUGGGCUCGGCGGUCGCCUGCCUGCUGCUGGGCGCCCAGGCGGCCGCGCUGCGGGGCCGGGUGGCGGCGCUCGAGGAGGAGCGGGAGCUGCUGCGGCGCGCGGGGCCGCCGGACGCCCUGGCCGCCUGGGCCGAGCCGCACCUGGAGCGCCUGCUGCGUGAGAAGUUAGAUGGACUCGUCAAACUGCGGACAGUUCGAGAAGCACCAGCUGAGUGCGUCUGCCCCCCAGGCCCCCCUGGACGACGUGGCAAGCCUGGAAGAAGAGGUGAUCCCGGUCCUCCAGGGCAAUCGGGACGAGAUGGCUACCCGGGACCACUGGGUCUGGAUGGCAAGCCAGGACUUCCAGGCCCCAAGGGAGAAAAAGGUGCACCAGGAGACUUUGGCCCCCAGGGAGACCAAGGACAAGAUGGAGCUGCUGGGCCUCCAGGACCCCCUGGACCCCCUGGGGUCCGGGGCCCUCCUGGAGACACUGGGAAAGAUGGCCCAAGGGGAGCACAAGGCCCAGCGGGUCCCAAAGGAGAAACUGGACAAGGUGGCGAGAUGGGCCCCAAAGGACCUCCCGGAGCCAAGGGUGAGCCCGGAGUUCCUGGCAAAAAGGGGGAUGAUGGGACACCAAGCCAGCCAGGGCUCCCAGGACCCCCGGGGCCCAAGGGCGAGCCAGGCAGCACGGGGACUCAGGGAGAAAAUGGUGUGGACGGUGCUCCAGGACCAAAGGGGGAGCCCGGCCCUCGAGGUGCCGACGGAGCUACAGGGCUAAGGGGUCUCCCAGGCCUCAAAGGUGAGCAAGGAGACACAGUAGUAAUUGACUACGAUGGCAGGAUCUUGGAUGCCCUUAAGGGUCCUCCCGGGCCACAGGGGCCCCCAGGACCACCAGGGAUCCCUGGAGCCAAGGGUGAACUUGGAUUACCCGGUGCCCCAGGAAUCGAUGGGGAGAAGGGGCCCAAAGGACCAAAAGGAGACCCAGGAGAGCCUGGGUCAACCGGGCCCAAAGGAGAAGCAGGUGAAAUGGGCCUGUCCGGUCUUCCGGGCUCCGACGGCCCCAAGGGGGAGAAGGGAGAGCCAGCAUCGGACAAGCUAAGGGAGAGUCUGGCCCAGAUCAUAGUGGAACCAGGACCUCCCGGCCCUCCUGGUCCCCCAGGCCCUGUGGGCCUUCAGGGAAUCCAGGGUCCCAAGGGUUUGGAUGGAGCAAAAGGAGAGAAGGGCGAGACAGGAGAUAGAGGCCCCGCCGGGUUGCCUGGGCCAGCUGGCCCACCAGGCCUUAUUGGGCUGCCAGGAACCAAAGGAGAGAAGGGCAGGCCCGGGGAGCCAGGACUAGAUGGUUUCCCUGGACCCCGCGGGGAGAAAGGUGACCGGAGUGAACGUGGAGAAAAGGGGGAGCGAGGUGUCCCAGGACGGAAAGGAGUGAAGGGCCAGAAGGGUGAACCGGGACCACCAGGCCUGGACCAGCCAUGUCCUGUGGGCCCCGACGGGCUGCCCGUGCCUGGCUGCUGGCAUAAGAAGAUGCCCACCCCGGCACGGGAAUGACCAGCGUGUAAGGCUGCAGGAAAGUGGCUAGGCCAGUCGCCAGGAAUGGUGUACCCAUGGCUUUCUUGGAAGGAAACGAAGGCGAAAGUGCCUGGCUCAGGUGAGCCUGCAAAGACACCAGGUUGGGCCUUCGGUCCUGAUCAGCAGAGAGACUCCAGCUGCCCCCUGUCCCCUGAAGCUCUGGAGCCCCCGGGCCUGACCCCAUUCAAAAAGGUCAGAACUUGGACUAACACUGAAGAUGCUCCCAGCCUCUCUGGCCUCAGUCAGAGCCAGCUUGCCCACUCUUUGGGGUCCCCCUAGGCCCUGGGCUCACCAGGGCAGGACAAGACUCUGGCCCAGCACUUGAAGUUGGAUGCUAGAAGCUGUGGCAAGCAGCCUGGACAGAUCUAGCUGCCGUCCAGUUCAGUAGACCUCAGGAAGCCAGCCUACGUCCUCUGAUCCCAAGUAGAGACCAAGCACUGUGAUCGCCAUCAUGUGGACCCAGCUGGUGGACCCAAAUGGAGGGACCCCCAUGAUGCCCAAGUGCAGAGGACAAUGGGGCACAGGCUGCAGUGGCUGCUACUUCCUAUUUGUCUCCACGCCACCCAAAACAGGGACUUAGCUGGCCUGAGGAGACGGGCCUCCGGCUCAGAGCUCGGAUUUCACUGGCCCCAAGUCUCCCACGCAGGAGAACUCUGGUCAGCCAGCCAAAAUGGUCCUCCUGGACCAUUUUGGAUACAGGAAAAGAGCCUCAGGGCUGGUUCCCAGCCACCUGACCAGGGGGCCGUUGGGAGAAGAAGCUUCCCUCCUUCAGCCACCACUCUGGCCCAGCUACUUGCUUCUCCUCUCUGUAUAGAUGGAUAUCGCUGUGUUAAUAAACUGCCAAGGUGUGUCUGGGUGUGUCUGUCCUUGCAGACUGCCCCUCACUGGGGUACCCCUGGGAAAGGUUUGACAAAUAACAAAAAAAACCAACCCCAUUCCUUUAAAGAUCAAACUUCCUUUGUUAAAUGAUCCUUGAAUUGGGUAGUAUCCCGCCUGCUUUUAUAAGCAGGAAGAAGCAAGAUUAGGGAUGAAGGAAUUAUUUCAGGCUUAGGCAGCCUGCAUUUGGGGAAUGCAAACAGGUCCCUAGCAUGAUCUCAUCUUCCUUGGGGAAUUGGAAAAGAUGAUCUCAUUGGUGCCAGUCAGAAAAUUCCAUGCUCACCAGGUAGGAAUCCAACCCUGGGGAGGCUGAAACCACAGAGGGUUUAAAAUCACAGUUAAGCUAGGUCUUAAGUCUUUGUGGGCUUAACAAGUGCCUCCAUCCUGGACCUCUUUUUUAACAGGUUUCAGUGUGUCCUUUGAUGGGUGGUCAGAGAUAAAGGGACUUUCCCUGGGCCCAGGCGGCCCUGGAAACCAGAGGAAGCAGUUCAGGUCAGGGAAAGAUGGCGUUUAGAAGGAGGAAGACACGGACUAGAGGCCAGGACCUGCCGUUACUAUCUGAGCCCUCUGACCAGUUGCAUGCCUCACUGGGCCUUUGAGGAGUCCACUGACCAGUGACUGCUCUAUAACAAAUCACCUCUAAAUGUGUUGCCCUGAAGCAAUGGGCCCCUCUAUUUCUGGCUUGCAGGGGGUUAAAGGGUU